CCGAAACUUUCAACCAUGGAGGUUGUCACUCUCUCUCUCUCUCGAGAUAAAUAGACACAUGCACAAACACAUGAAAACCCCCAUCCCUUGCAAAAGGUGAACAUAAGAUCUUGGUUCCACCUUUUCAACAGAUAUAUACUUUCUCUCUUCUCACAAUUUGUAGCUAAAUACUGAAAUUUCGGUUUCAUUCCGUAUUUGGAUCAAAUGGGUGAGGAAUCCAAGAAAUGGGUGUUGACGGUGACGGCUCAGACGCCGACCAACAUAGCCGUGAUCAAGUACUGGGGCAAGAGAGACGAAAAUUUGAUUCUACCCAUUAACGAUAGCAUCAGUGUGACUCUGGAUCCGGAGCAUCUCUGCACCACUACCUCCGUUGCUGUUAGCCCUAGCUUUGAUCAAGAUCGCAUGUGGCUCAAUGGCAAGGAGUUCUCUCUUGCCGGUGGGAGAUACCAGAGGUGUUUGAAGGAAAUCAGGUCCCGUGCUUGUGAUUACGUGGAUGAGAAAAAGGGCAUCAAAAUCACUAAAAAAGAGUGGGAGAAUCUGCAUGUGCAUAUCGCGUCUUAUAACAAUUUCCCAACUGCUGCUGGUUUGGCUUCCUCAGCUGCUGGUUUUGCCUGCCUUGUUUUUGCCCUUGCAAAGCUAAUGAACGUGAAAGAUGAUCUAGGAACACUUUCUUCCAUAGCAAGGCAAGGGUCAGGGAGUGCUUGUCGCAGUUUGUAUGGUGGGUUUGCCAAGUGGAUCAUGGGCAAAAAUGACAAUGGAAGCGACAGUAUUGCUGUUCAACUUGCAGACGAGAAGCACUGGGAUGAUCUUGUUAUUGUCAUUGCUGUGGUAAGUUCUCGGCAGAAGGAAACUAGUAGCACCACAGGAAUGCGUGAUAGUGUUGAAACCAGUAUGCUCAUUCAGCAUAGAGCAAAGGAAGUUGUACCUAAACGGAUUGUUGAAAUGGAAGAAGCCAUAAAAAAUCGUGAUUUUCCUUCUUUUUCACGUUUGGCUUGUGCCGACAGUAAUCAGUUUCAUGCAGUCUGCCUGGAUACAUUGCCCCCUAUAUUCUACAUGAAUGACACGUCUCACAGGAUUAUUAGCUGCGUUGAGAAAUGGAAUCGUUCAGAAGAAUCAACUCAGGUAGCUUAUACAUUUGAUGCGGGGCCUAAUGCAGUUCUAAUUGCACGUAACCGAAAGGCCGCUGCCCUUUUGCUUCAAAGGCUGCUUUUCUUCUUUCCUCCACAUUCAGAUGCUGAUUUGAGCAGUUAUGUUAUUGGUGAUAAGUCGAUACUACAAGAUGCUGGCAUUAAAGACAUGAAAGAUGUGGAAGCUUUGCCUCCACCUCCAGAAGUUAGUGAUAAAAUUCCAGCCCAGCAAUACAAAGGGGAUGUAAGUUACUUCAUCUGCACCAGACCCGGGAAAGGUCCUGUUGUAUUGUGCGAUGAAAGCAAAGCUCUCCUCAACCCUGAAACUGGGUAUCCCAAGUAAAUCAAGGAAGCUAAUUGCCAUGAUUGAUGCUUUUCGGCAGACUAGGUUUUUGGUUUCUGUGUUAGCAUUAUUGUUGUCUUUUGAGAGUGCAGUAAAUGACACUUUGAAGUGAGUUCAAUACUAUUCUGGCCAAAUUCCAGUUUAUGUUGUAGUUUUGUUUUCCAGUCAAGGUUUAUGUAUCAUCUCCUUUGGUGCAAUAAGGAAUAGAAGUGCAAUGUGUUCCAAGUCCA